AUGCUUCGUAAUGUCCGCUGUGAGACGAGGAGACUGUGCUAUGUAGUUCAGAUUUUGAAAAUGAGUUCUCCGUAUUUCAUGCAAAGCAGCGCUGUUCUCACCCGGAGCAGCAGUCACGGUGCGGGCGGUGGAUCCGCGGCCUCUUUGAGGUCCAAACUCAGCAGCAGACAGGGGGAUGUGGACGCCGUUCCUGCACGGAAGGUGGAGGCGGAGGAGGCGACAGUGUCCGAAGAGAAGCCCUCUUUGACCCCUUCAUCCAGCGACGGCUGCCAGGAACGCCUCCGGCCUAUCACAGAGAUUGAAGCGUCAUCGCUGCUUCCUCGCGGUCGCAGGAGGAGACAGGUUAAGGUGGAGUAUGACGGAGACGAUGGCGCCUCCCGGGUAAAGACGGAGCACUGGGAGCCUCCGGACUGGAUGAAACAGUUGGGUUUCAUCCGUGAAAUGAGGAGCUGUCGAGACGCCCCAGUGGACAACAUGGGAGCUGAGAAAUGCUACGACACACAAGCCCCCGCACAUGUGAGGCGUUUCCAGGUGUUGGUGUCGCUCAUGCUGUCCAGCCAGACAAAGGACCAGGUGACGGGCGCAGCGAUGCAGAGACUUCGGGCGCAUGGCUGCACUGCAGAGAAUAUAGUCGCCACCGACAACAAAAAGCUGGGAGAGCUCAUCUAUCCCGUCGGCUUCUGGAGGAACAAGGUAAAGUUUCUGAAGCAGACGUCGGCCAUGCUGGUGACAGAGUUCGGGGGAGAUAUCCCGAACAGCGUGGAGGGUCUGGUUCGCCUGCCGGGAGUCGGACCUAAGAUGGCCCACCUGGCUAUGGACAUUGCCUGGGACCAAGUGUCUGGCAUAGGAGUGGACACACACGUGCAUCGCAUCUCCAACAGGCUGGGCUGGCUCAAGAAACCAACCAAGAACCCAGAAGACACACGCAAGGCCCUGGAGGAGUGGUUGCCAAGGGAGUUGUGGAGCGAGAUCAACUGGCUGCUGGUUGGGUUUGGACAGCAGGUUUGUCUUCCAGUUAGCCCGCUCUGCUCCGUGUGUCUGAACCAGUACAGCUGUCCAUCUGCACACAAAUGUUCUCCCGCAAAAAGACCCAAACACGGAUCACCACGCUCUCCAGGUCCAUCGCGCAAAUUUAAGGUCGAAUCUGAACAGGAAAGUGAUGCCAGAAGUAAAUCGGCAGCAAACCUGAAGCCACCAGACUAAGAAGGAUUGUAAAAAAACAAACACUGAACUGCCGAUUUAUGAUGUUGGCCAGAAAAAAAACACGAUAUGUUUCAUAAUUAAACACAUGCAGUGAUUGAUAGGAAUAUUUUUGUACUGUUUUAUUUUUUCAACUCAAAUAAAUAAAGUAAGAACUGAAGUUU